UUGAUUUAAAUCUCUAUUUUCAUUGCUAUUUAAAAGUUAUUAAAAAUUUUAUUAAUUUCAUCGAUAAUAUUACUAUUAAUGGAUAAAAUAAACAAAUCUAAGAACCGUUUGACUAAAAAAGUGACAAAAAAUGAGAUAAAUAAUGAAAAUCGUAUUGAAAAGCAAAAUAAAGAUAAAGAAAGAAAGGAUAAGAAGAUCGAGAGAUCUAAGAAAGAAAAGUAUUCAACAAUCAGUUCACAGACUGUUCUCAAAGAGAUGAAGAACUCAGCGCUCAGUAGUAUUCAAAACUUCAGAAAUACUUUCGACAACUUAUCUCAACGAUUAAAACUGUCGACAAACAGACCGAUAAACAGAUCGACAGACAGUGGCAACAGUUAUGAACAGUUGAGUGUCUGUCAAACACCGAUACAAAUGUACUCUCCGUUCGGAAUCGAGACUCCGAGUCCACGACCGACCAAAAGAUCUAAAGUUAAGAGACAUUUGCUUCUACCAUACGAUCAACUUUCGGAAAAUGAUAUUUAAAAAACAAAUAAUACACAUUAUUCAGAUUACCGGCAAUACAUUUACGGUAAUAUAACAUACCCUAAGUAUCAAUAGUAAAUAAUAACAAUUUAAAACAUAUGAAGUGAAGCA